AUGUUUUCCCCUUGCUCAAUUAGGCUGAUGGACAGUAUCAUCAAUAUACGAGCUAAUUUGUGCUUUACUACCCCCUAUUCCUCGUUUUGUGGAAAUAGUAUUCUUGAGAAUGCAGAGGAGUGUGAUGGGGGUUCAUGCUGCUUGGAAACUGCUUUAUUAUUUAGUGAUAUUAAUAGCCCUUGUUGUACUAACUGUCAAUAUUCGUCAGGAAAUAUUUGUCUUAAAGUGGAUAUUGGAUUUCCGAAUAUAAAUUGUCAGGCAGACUCGUAUUGCAAGUCUGAUUGUUAAUUGAAUUGAAAUAGUGGUCAUUCUGGCGAUUGUCCCUCUCUAUCACAUGUUCCUGACAAUUCGCCAUGUGGUGAUGAUGGAAGGUGUUUAGGUGGUGAGUGUAAAUCAUAUUGCAAUCUCAUUAAUCUCGAUGAUUGUCUCUGCACGAAUGGUUGA